AACAGAAACUACAUUCCGUGCAAGAAGAGAUUCACGAUGUCACUCAACAAUUAAAUAAGAUGUCUGGAGAAGGAAACGUGUCUAGCAAUGCUCAAAAGGCUUCAGAACACAAAAUGCUACAGAGGCUGGAUGAAUUGAAGGAAGAAUUCUCAGAACUUAUGAGAGAGCUGAGACGCCGAAAAUCGUUGGCAGACGGAAGAGUUGUCGAUAACCAGGACGAGGACAUGGAUGGAGAACUGAGGCGGCCACGGCGAUUGACCUUGUCUGCUGCUGGGCGCAGGCCGAGCCUGAACACGAUGCUUGCCCUGGCGUCGACAACGCGUCCGCUUGCCACCCCUACUACAAUCCAUCAUAGUUUUGUGGCAUCUACACCAAAUCUACAGUCUGCGGGUUCUCCGACAUCUUCUCAACAGAGACCGACUUUCCUUCAAGUAGCUCAGGAACGAUUUGGAAGGAGAAAAUCUGAUUUCAAUUGAUUUUUCACCUUUCAGAGAAGCACGGAUAGCAUUAUGGGCAGAAAUGAUCGACCAAUAUUGUACUAUUCCAUUUUUCUGCAACCUAAUUAUCAAUUUCCUACUUGUGCUGUGAAUGGAACAGAAAGAAGCUUCAAAAAUAAUGUACAAAUCCUCCAUUUUCCUUGGAAUAUUUAAACUUAGCGAAUUCCAUAUGAAAAAUUCUGCAUGGUUUUAUAUUCCAGUUGGAAAUGCAUUCUCAAGAUCACUGGAAAUAUCACUGAAAACAAUUUUAUGAAGGUUUUGAAGAAUUUAAUUGUGAAAAUUUUGUAAUUAGCUUAAUUUACAUACUUUGGUUGCUUUAACUGUGGUUUUUGCAAUCUGAAAAUUUCCCCUAUUAUUAGUUAUUAACUUCCAGCAUUAUUAAUGUUAGCCAGUACAUUUUCCCACAUAGAUUCAGCUGAUGCUUUGUCUGUCAAUAUUGCUUUUCUAAAUGCUAUGAUUUCGAAAAAUUUCCUUCUUUUUAAAUAUAAUUAGAUAAUUUUAAUAUUUUCACACUUUUUUUGUUUGUGAAUGUGUGUGUGGGCAAAGUUUUAUUGGAGAGUGUUGACUGUACGACAUUGUCUCAUAUGAUUCACCUAAAAUGCUUCAUAUAACUGCACUGCAAAACCCAGAAAAUUUUUAUAAUUGUUAUAGCAUAAUAUGCAUACAGUUUUUCAAAAGAACUAUUAACUUCGUUAUUUAAUCCAUUAUGCCAAAGUACGCGAUGGCAUGUGCCUAAAGUGAAAGAUCCUUCGUGCAGGAUAUUUGUUUCCAAGUUAGUAACUAAUUAAUAGAAAAACAUUCCUUUGUCCAAAAAUAAAUGUGUUAUAAGAAUAAAGGGAAAUUUAACAGUUUUAAUUGAUUACAGUAGCUAUUUAUCAACCACUUGAUGCUAAACGCACUUUUUACAGAUCAGAUUUAAAAUAAAUACACUUAAAAACUGAGUAUGUAUAUCACCAUGUUUUUACGUAUUGUUUUUAAAGAGGAUAUUCAAAUAAAAGGACAUUUAUUAUACUUUUUUGACGGUAUUGAAAAGAUACAAGGAAUUAAUUAUUUAGUAAUUAGGACCAAAUUUUUCUUGCCCAUGAAUAAAAUUUAGAUCUAAGAAAAAUGAAGAACUGCAUUUAAUUUUCCUUAAUGCAUACUCAUAAAUUUGCUGGCUUUUUAACUCAUACUUUAAAGCCUUGUCCUCACGUGAUAUCUCACGAAUGGAAAAAAGUCGUCCAUCUGAAAGCCGUUUAAAGCAAUACUUCUGACAUAAAAUUUUGCUUCCAUUUUAAACAUUUUGCUUGUGCAAGUCAGUAUUUUUUGCUAUAAAGUAGUGAUAUCUAAAUAUAGGAAUAUUUACGCAUCUUUUAUAUGAUUCCGUGAUAGUCCGUAACCUAUACGAGCCAUCAAAGUCUGCCAAGACCAUCCCUUGCAAGACUCUGUAGAAUAUACUGAACUGGAGUUAAAAGUUAUACGUUAGGCAUCAUGAUAAUAGUAAUUAAAAUCUCAAAUUAUUAUGUCCAAGGUAACGAUGUUGAAUUAAGUGUGCCAUCAGUCGAGAUGGUUGGGAAUUUCAGCAUUAAUGUUUUCUUGAAAUGUUUCAUGAUUAUAACGUAUAUUCCUUUACCGAAUGUAGAUCGUAAGAUUGUGAUUUUUUUGCAGAUAAACUUUUCCAUUACUAUACUUAAAAGUUAUUUGUCAUCCUAGCUAGCAUUAACACUUUCUGUUUUGGUGGCUAUUUCCACAAAUAUCUGUAAACUUUAUAAAAUCAUCUUUAUAUCUAUCGGUUUUGUUACGGUUUCUUAAUAUAACUUGAAAUUUUCCCAAUAUUUAUUUAUUUUAAUUUAUAAAGUGAACUCUGAAUAAAAGUUUUGCAUUUUAAUUUUUUAUUCAAUAAUGUAUUUUCAUUUUAACAGUUAUUGAUAUAACUUUAUGAAAACACCAAGAUUAAGAGUGAUAGAUUAAGAUUGACUGAGUGAUAACUAUCCUUGAAAAUUUUAUCGAAGCUACAUGUUUUCAAAAUUUUGUGUAUGUACGCUGGUGGACAAUUGCUAAGGACGGAUCGCAAAUGGCUAUAUAGUGUGUAAAAAAGUAAAUGUAAGUUUGAUGCUAAGUGAAAUAAAAUAAUGCCAAAAUGCUAGGACAUAACCACAGCGAUAAUUUAUCGUGCUAUGAAAUCCAGAAGGCUUUGAAUGGACAAAAUGAUCGAUUUAGUCUGAAUACGUUAAAAUGAAAAAAAAAAAAAAAAAAAAAAAAUGCAGUUGCCAUCCGCAAACAUUCUGACAUAAGAUGUCAGUAUGAGAUUUGGCCACCACGGAAGGAGGUGCAAGAUUCCACACGUCGUGUCAUGCUUUGAACAACAUUAUCGAGCAGCUGUUAGGAUAAUUUACCCUAUUUCUCUGUUAGUGCAAGGAUGAGGAUGUCCUUGUUUAUUGGACGGCACCUGUCGACCAGCAAGACUCCCCCUCCCCAAAGCAUCUCAAACAUUUUCAAUGAGUAAGAUCUAUGAAACCUCCUAAACUUAAUCACAAAAAGGCAAGCACAUGAGGAUAUUUUACUAGCUAGUAAAGCAUUGAUAUGGAUGCAUGUAAAGCAACAGUUGAUGACGAGUAAUGAAGGGCUAUUUUGUCUAUAAAUCUUGUUUUGGUCUUCGCUUUACAUUACACAUAUAGCAGUACUUAGCAAAGCCUCGCUUCGAUCAGUUUGGAUUCACUAUAAUGCGGUUUUGAAAAUUCUAAAAUAAACUAAAUUUUAAUUGAAUCAAAUGAAAAUAAUUUUUAAUUAGCACACAAAAUUACUUUUUAAUGAUUCUUUCCAAUUUAUAGAGUCCACUCUUUUUGUGCGGUUAAUUUUGCGAUGUCAAAGUUAUGCAACAUUCACUUUUUUUCUGGGGUUCACUGUAUGUACAUAUAACUAUGCUCGGGACGUUCAUUGAGCUCUGAAGGAGAAAAUACGCUGCUUUAAAUUUAUUUUCGGCAGAGUUACAGCGUCGAAAAUAUAGGCGAAAUAUGGUAUAAAUCAACAGCAAACAGUAUGCUGGCAGUAAGGAAACACAUCCUGUAUUGUUCCGAUGAUUGCAUUGGUUUUCAAGGGAUUGGUUGUUGUAUGAAAUAAUUGCAUUGUUUGUACAAAACAUAUCACAUCAUGAUCUGCAAAUGUUUUCAGUUUUUGCUGAAGUCACUAAUAACGUAAUGGAAAACUUACAGCAGUUUGGUUUGAAUGAGUUGGAUUCCGUCAACUAAUUGAGUGCAUUAAAUGGAACACUAAUGAAUUAAAUAACCAAACAAUUUUUAACAUAUAUGGACAACGGUCUUAGGACUUAGACGACAAUGGUGUUGAAAAUGAACCGAUUAAAACUCUACAAUGCGAUCCAUGUGUAAAAGUCAAUAGUCAAAAAAAUUUAAAUAGUUACUGAAAUAAAAAUUCCAUGCUUAAUAUUAGUCCGCCUGGAUACCACACCUUUAAAAUAUAUAUAUAUAUAUAUAAACUCAUGAAAUUUCAAGAACCUAUCCCAAAAUGCAGGGAUCCACGAAGGAUCUUCAAUUGUGGGCAUCUUACCGUAUAGCAAUUGAAAAAAAAAAAAAAAAAAAAAAAAAAAAAAAAAAAAAAAAAGGUGCUUUACGCCGCAGCUAUUUGGGCAUACCCAAUGAACGCACGUAAAUGAAGAACAUUGACUUCGAUCCAACGAUCAUUCUUCCUCCAAAAAGCAGAAGGCUUUCGUAUAACACCAACUGCUGCCUUAUGUGUACUAACAGUAAUGCUCUUACUGCACAUUCGAGUAGAAGAAAAAGCUUACUCAUGUAGUUUCUUGAUAAAUCAGUACAUAACGGGACACGACCCUUUUUUCUCAUACAAUAUUGUUCGAAAUUUAAACGAAACAGAUUUAUGCAUAUGUGGGGAAAGAAAUGACCCCUAGCGUUAUAUAUUUAACUAUGAAAUCACAAAAGAAAACCAUUGCAAAACCAGGCAGCCCAUCAUACCCUGAGUAUGAAGUAAUAAAAAAAAAUCUCGAAAACUGUGACGCAGCUUAUAGCAUAUGACAGAAGAGAAAUAUGCCAAAAAUUAUGAAAUGGAAUAUUUUAUACAUGCACUCAAUAUGAUUCGCUAGGAAACGAAUAAAAUAUAUAUACCUAUGAACAACGAAAUAUAAAUAGACACCAAAGCAUUAUCAAAAUACCAACUGGUAUUGUUGUUGUUUCAGAACAGUAAUGCGACGGAGCAAAAAUCUAUAAAUCCAUAGGCAAAGUUCUGGUUUUCUACCCUGUUCCUGUGUUGAAAGGUGUGCAUGAGAAAUAAUAGUUGAACAAUAAUAAAAAUUAUUGAACUGUUGGAAACAUUGUCAAAGCAUAUAAUGAACAGAAACUUUUAACAAGUUGCUGGAAUCUGUUAAACUCUUGCUAGCAAAUUGCGGAAUCAAUUAAUUCUUAAAAUACAGUAAUAUGUCGCAUAGUCCGGAUAAUCGUUUCCUUCAUUAUACCCGAUUGUUUGAAAUCGAACUAAUCAAGAAACUAAAUAUAUAACAAAAUAAUAAUUGGUUUAAAAAGAAACUUUUUUGUAUUAAAUAAUACAUGAUUAAUAUUCAAAUGUCAUUGUUAAAAAUAAUUUUAAAAUCUGCAUGUUUCUCGUAAUUAAUUUUUUAUUCUUUAAAAUUUUCAGUAUCUGUGACUGCACAUAUUUCUUCUUUGUAAUUUUCACCUCUUACAUUUCUUGGUCGCAACGAAUUCCAUUGUUUAUUCGUUCGGCGAAUUUAAGGCUAUGUUUUGUAAUAGGAUCAGCAUCCAUCCGCUUGUCCAUCAGAUAAAUAGAAUCAGAUAAGCCUUACUGAUAAGACUUAGUAAAAUAAAUAAAAAUUCCAUCUGCUUAGCAAUGCUGAUAAAUUAGUCUAUGCCAAACUCAAAUCUUGGUUUAACUAAUUACGAUUGUACAUCUAAAUAUAAUUUAGUUUGUUUUAACUGUAUACAACUUAUAUUAUCAAUUAUUUAAUGUCUUCUGUUUUCUGCCCUAUAUUGCCUUAAUUUAUAAGAGUUAUUCAGGUGGCUGUGUAAUAGAAAUCCUUAUGGUGUGUCUACAGUGCUCUGAACAACAAGCGAAUAACAAAUGAAUAAGCAAAACGGAACUGUCUUUUGUAUAAGUUUGGUAAUAAAGAGGAAUAUUAAAAUACCUGGCAUAAGAGGAUGGCGUUAAAUCCAAGGACAUGGAAUAUAGCUGUUGAACACUUACUGUGCAGUCAAAACUUUACUUAAUCACUUCCCCUGAUCAAAUUAGAUUUGCUGAAAUCCAAAAUAAAUAAAAUAAAAUAACAAGUUGAUUAAUCAAAAACAACGCUUUAUUGAAAAAUCCGAUAGAAUAUUUAAAAUACCUGGUAGAUGAAGAAAUCAAUAUAAAAAACAGUAUAAAUUCAAUAUUUGAGAUUUCUGUAACUCCUGCCACAACACACGCACACACACACACAAAAAUAAAUAAAUAAAUAAAUAAAUAAAUUCUGUUGUUAAGAGUAUCAGAGCCAUAUCCUGUCAUACUCAGUCUAGUCAAUUAUGAGAAUAGUGGAUUUUGUAUUUUUCUGUAAAACAGGCUCGAGUAUCAUAAGAACUUAAAAAACAUUGAAUACCUUGACGAAUACUAAAAAAUACUUGAUAUUAUGAUAAUGCCAAAUGAGUAGAAAUAAAAUAUAGUAUCUUAAAAUGUGUUAAUAACAAAAACUUGGCAAUAAAAUAAUAAUGAAACUUUUUCAUUUGAUUGUGAACAAUACCCUAGCUUCUUCUUUGAUUGAUAAGCUUAAGGAUUUAAAGCAAAUCGAUUUUAUUUCAAUAAUAUAAAUUUACGACAUUCAUUUUUUCGUGUAAAGAUGCAUUUGCGUGUGCAUCAUUUUUUUAAAAUUCUUUCUCAAUAUAAUACAAUGCGCAUUCCGCUUUGAAAACGUUUAUGGUAAAAGGAGUAUGAAUUGCAAGCAGCUAUGAAUCACCUGUAUUGUGUAUAACAGCAGGAAAUAUUUGCUUUGCAUACAAUGGAUCAAGGAGUGAAAAAUUACAUUUUGAGAUUAAUACUCAGCAACACCUAAUGUAAAUUCAGCAGAAGAAAAAAAAAAAAAAAAAAAAAAAA